AUGCGCGCCUUCUGCGCAGCGCUGGGACUGCUGCUGCUCCUAGGGGCAAUCCGAGCCUUCCCACAGGAAAGUCACCAGGAAGAAAGUGGGUCUAAGAGAAAUGAGCGGUGUAGGGGUCUGGAUACAGAUGGCAAGACCCAGAGCGCAGUCUCAGCCAUCUUUCCCACUUCCCAGUGGCAGCAGAUGCUGCCGGGCCAUCCAGAACCUGGACCCUUGGCCAGGCGGGGCUGGGUGAAGGAGCUUUGUGAGUGGGAAGAGGAGACAACAGAGGACAGCAGAGUAGACUGGGGAGAGGAUGAGAAGGAUCGAGCCUCCAAAAACACCUGUGCUGGAGAUCCCAACCACUACUAUAGCGAGGCUGCCAAGAAGUGCUGUUACCGCUGCCCCUCAGGGGUGUCCCAGCAGCUGCCAUGCCCGCGGGAGUCCACUGAUUGCCAGAAGCAGUGCCCACCUGACCAUUACCUGGGCGAGACCAACCGUUGCACCGCCUGUGUGAGCUGUUCACGAGGUGAUCUUGUGGAGAAGACGCCCUGCACAAGGAACUCCCCCCGUGUCUGUGAAUGUCAACCUGGAAUGUUCUGUGUCACACCAGCCACCAACUCCUGUGCCCGUUGCUUCACCCACUCCGUCUGUCCAUCAGGAAUGAUUGUCAAACUCCAGGGCACAGCUAAGAGGAACACUGUCUGUGAGCCAGCUCCCCGAAGAACCGGUCCUGGUUGCCGCACCAGCUCAAAGGACUGCAAGACGCCUGCCAGGAACACCACCACUGCUCUGAACUCCUCAGCCACCUCCAGUGCUAGGACCAUGUCCCUCGGAGAGGGACCAGUUAAUGCCUCAGAAGAUGCUCCCAAACCAAUGAAGCCUCCCCACUCCUCCUCCUCUGUGGGGAAGCCCACCUCAGAUUCAGGGCUGUCCACACAACAGCCAUGCCCACAGGGGUCUUCUGACUGCAGGAAGAAGUGUGAUGUGGAUUACUACCUGGACAAGACUGGCCGCUGCAUGGCCUGUGUGAGCUGCUUGCGAGCUGACCUUGUGGAGAAGACACCCUGUACGUGGAACUCCUCCCGAAUCUGUGCAUGUCGACCUGGAAUGUUCUGUGCCACACCAGUCACCAACUCCUGUGCCCGCUGCAUCGCCAGUCCUCUCUGCCCAUCUGGGACGGUCGCCCAACUCCAGGGUGUGACUUUGAGGGACACCACCUAUGAGCUGCUGCCUUCAGAGACCAACCCUGACUGCAGCACCAACCCAGAGGACAGCGAGACGUCCACCAGCAGUACCGCCUCCACCCUGAUGUCCCCACUAGAUGCCCAGACCAAUCAGAGGCAUGGAGGGAGCACCACUCAUACCUGGGAGGAUCCCUCCAUCCCAACCAGUACAGUCAUUGCUGUCUCCUCUAUGGGAAAGCCCAUUCAAGAUGCAGGAGCUGUGCUCUUCUGGGUGACCAUGGUGCUAGUCCUGCUCGCUGUCUUCGGCACCUUCUUCCUUUGCCACUGGAGGGCCUGCAGGAAGGGGAUCCGACAGAAGCUCCACCUGUGCUUCCCAGGCCAGCCCUUCCAACCCAAGCCGGAUCCUGUGGAUUCCAGGACUGGGAAGAAGCCCACACAGCACUGCCGGAGCAUGUCUGUGGCAGAACUAGGCCCAGAAGAGCGGGGAUUGAUGUGCACCAUGGCUGUGGACACCUGCCCCAGUGUGAGUACAGCCUGCCUAGAGAGCCAGAGGCUGCUGGGGGCCAGCCCAACUGAGGGACCUUCAACUCCUCGGGACCUCCCUGAGCCCCGGGUGACCUCAGAGCACACCAAUAACAAGAUUGAACAAAUCUACAUUAUGAAGGCUGACACAGUAAUUGUGGGGACGGUGAACACCGAGGUGCCUGAGAGCCGGGUGGUGGCAGUGCCGGUGGAGUCCAAGUUGGAGGAGGAGCUGGAGGUGGACCAUGCCCCCCACUACCCAGAGCAGGAAACAGAACCACCUCUGGGCAGCUAUGGGGAUGUCAUGUUCUCAGUAGAGGAGGAAGGGAAGAAGGAACCCUUGCCCUCGACCACCUCGGAGAAGUGA